AAAAUAAAAUAGUGUUAAUCUUAAAUUUGAUGAAAACAUUUUUGUAUGUAAAUUCAAAUAAUGUUAAAAACUAUUUUGAUAUGUUGAUAUCAUUUCAAGUAGGAUAAGCUUUUUUAGAUAUAAGUAGGAAGAUUAAACUAUAUAGUAGUGUAAUUCAUAUAUAGAAAAAAUUCUUUCGUCACAUAUCAGUAUUAGCCACUUAUAUGAUUAUCGAAAAGUAGGGGUGAUAAGUCAAUAUGGUAUUAAUUAUAUAAGAUUAACCAUCCUUUCUGAUCAUACGAAUAAUACUGUAAUAUUCUUACAAAUUUAACUGUUCAAAGCAGAUCAAUAUGCGCUUUAACGCUGUAUUAUUUUUAUUCUUUAUAUUAUCAUUGGUAAAUGGGUCCAAUAAUGAUAUACAAGGUAAUAUAAAUUUGGAUUGAUAUAUUUUUUGUGUGUGUGUAUGAUUUUUAACAAAAUAUUAAAUUCUCUCAACGAAUUUUUCGAUCUCGAUCGAAACAAAUCUUUAUAUUAUCAUUGGUAAAUGGGUCCAAUAAUGAUAUACAAGAAAUAGAAGAUAUUGAUGUUACAUCAAUGGUAGAAGAAAUUACUAAAUGGGUAGACUCGGGGAAAGAAACAGAAUCAUUUAACAAAUCAAUUCAACUUUUAAGUAUACCAGAUGAAUUACAAUUUGUCGAUUGGAGAACUUUCACUGGUUUAAAUAGUAUGGGUAUUUGCACUAUAUGCAAAUCAAUUCUUCAAACUUUUAUAAGAUUUCGACAACAAGGGAUGUCUGACGAUGACAUUGCGAAGAAUGUCAUUAAAUUAUGCGUAUUAUUGAAUUUUCAAAGCGAAAGAGUUUGUAGUGGUGCUGUUAAAUUAAAUUUGCCAAUAUUUGUUUAUAUAUUAGAUUUAAAACCAAAUAUAAAUGCAUCCGAUAUUUGCGGAAUUGUUUUGGAAUCUAAAUCUUGCCCUCUUAAUACUGAAAAAUAUGAAUGGUCAGUUCCUAUUGAUCAUAUAACUAUUGACAAAAUUCCUUCAAAGAAUGCAAGUGAUGAAACAAUAAAAAUUAUACAAAUAACUGAUAUUCAUUAUGAUCCAAAAUACGAGCCAAAUGGGAACUCACUUUGUAAAGAACCUACUUGUUGUCGUAAAGGACAGAAUAUUACAAAUUCUAGUAACAAAUUAGCUGGUUUUUGGGGAGAUUAUAAUGAUUGUGAUACUCCAUGGCAUUCGGUAGUAAAUGCGUUAGAUCAUAUCCAAGAUACACAUCAGAAUAUUAAUUAUGUUUAUUUUACUGGAGAUAUAAUAGAUCAUGGUGUUUGGGAAACAACAUUACAAGGAAAUAUAGAAAGUCUUAAUAAAAGCUACAUUGAGAUUUAUAAACAUUUUAAUGAUAUACCGGUUUAUCCUAUACUUGGUAAUCAUGAAUCACAUCCUUUGAAUCAAUUUGCACCACAACAUAUUACUAAUGACACUUUAAGUACACGUUGGUUGUAUACUUUGGUGGCAGAUAUAUGGAUUAAUUUUGGGUGGUUACCAGAAUCUACUCGCGCUACUAUCUUACAAGGAGGAUAUUAUACAUUAUCACCCAGAAAAGGAUUUAGAAUUAUAGUUCUUAACAGUAAUGUUUGUUACUGUUAUAACUGGUAUGUAAUAAAAAGAACAAGAAAAUUCUUCCUUUAUCUUAUUAAUAUCAUUAUUAAUAUAAAAAAUUAUUUUAGGUGGUUAUUAUACCAACACCAAGAUCCUGACGGACAAUUACAAUGGUUAGUAGAAACUCUUACAGAAGCUCAACGAAAUCAAGAACUUGUACACAUUCUAAGUCACAUUCCACCUGGUCAAAAAGAUUGCCAUAAAGUAUGGAGAAGAGAAUAUAUUAAAAUUAUUAAUAAAUUUUCUCAUAUAAUUGCUGCCCAAUUCAAUGGUCAUACACAUAAUGACGAAAUACAAAUUAUUUACAAAGAUAAGAAUGCAACAAAUGCUAGUCAUGUUGCAUGGAAUGGAGGUAGCAUUACAACUUAUUCGAACUUGAAUCCAAAUUAUAAAUUAUAUAUUAUUGAUAAUAACACGCUAAACGUUAAAGAUUUUGAUAAUUGGAUGUAUGAUAUAACACAAGCAAAUAAAGAUCCAACUAAAUUCCCCCAAUGGUACAAAUCCUAUUCUUUUAAGAAUGAAUAUAAUCUUAAGGAUUUAUCAUUAAAUUCUUUAAACAAUUGGCUCAUAGAUAUGAGAAAUAAUCAGGAUAUAUUAAAUCGAUAUUAUAAGAAUUAUUUCAAACACGCCGCCCCAUCUUUGGAAAAGAAUUGUGAUUUAAAGUGCAAAGAAGAAUAUAUAAAUAAUAUUAUUGUUACUAUACCGCACUAAAUAUUAUAGUUUAAAUAUU